UGUGCUGCGCUCUGGUGGAGCCGUGCACUGGCGUAUUGGGAGUAUUUCCAGCCUUGGCUCUUUCAGCCAUUUUUGUUUCGAAGACGUUUUCAGGUGCGUUACGUGGGGUGGCGGGAGCAGUGGAGCAUCUUUAAACGUCUGGCGUGCAGAUAUCGGGCAGCUGUGUGUUUUUUAAGGAAGGCAAGGGGGACCGCAAGGAUUUUUGUUUAUUCAAGAGAUUGGAAGUGAUGCAUUUCAGUUAUUCUCUGAUGCGAGGGGAAACGGAGUUUUAAGAAACAAGCGUUCUGGUUAAAAUUCAGCUUCUCAAAGAGCAUAGAUAAAAGUGGCUGCCAGAAUGACACCUGCCUUGCUUUGUAACAUGGUAUUUCUGCUGGCAUUUGGAUUGGCUUCAGCUUUUAGCCACAGCCCUAGGACUCCUGACAGGGUUUCUGAAGCAGAUAUCCAGAGGCUCCUCCAUGGUGUUAUGGAGCAACUGGGCAUUGCCAGACCCCGGGUAGAAUAUCCAGCACACCAGGCUAUGAAUCUGGUUGGUCCACAGAGCAUUGAAGGUGGUGCGCAUGAGGGUCUCCAGCACUUGGGUCCUUAUGGCAAUAUCCCAAACAUUGUAGCUGAGCUGACAGGAGAUAAUGUACCGAAGGAUUUCAGUGAAGACCAAGGAUAUCCUGACCCUCCAAAUCCCUGCCCUACUGGAAAAACAGUUGAUGAUGGAUGUCUAGAAAACACCCCAGACACAGCAGAGUUCAGCAGAGAAUACCAAUUGCACCAACACCUUUUUGAUCCAGAGCAUGACUAUCCCAACAUGGGCAAGUGGAGCAAGAACUUACUCUUUGAGAAGAUUAAUGGUGGUCCAAAAAGAAGAAAGAGGAGUGUGAACCCGUAUCUGCAAGGACAGCGACUGGAUAAUGUUGUAGCAAAGAAGUCUGUUCCACAGUUUUCAGAUGAAGACAAGGGUCCUGAAUAAGUACAAUAAAAAUGAAUGAUGAAAACUCAUGCCAUCCUCUGCUAGAACAUAAUAUUGCUUAUAUAUAAUCAUCUAUUAAAAUCCUUGUGAAUGGCAGCGUGUUUAUUAUUUAUGUAAUUGUAGAUGAAAAACAGCUGUAUUUAUAACAGUAUGUUCUCCUAGAUAACAAAAAUAUGGUUCUGCUUUUUGUUAAUUUAUGGUAAAAGGACAUUUCUGUUGUUUUUAUUUUAGUCAUGGAGAAAACUUUAAAAAUGUUAGUCAUUUUAAUAGCUAACGUGAGGUAAAUGGUCUUAAUGAGCAGCUUGUAAAUAGGAAGAUGUAAAAAAAUGCCCAGUCGGACUCCAACAUUUAAUCUUAAAUGCUACGAUGUUUGACACAUGAAAAUUAUAGUUUUAUGUUUUGUUCACAAAUAUUGUUACUUAGCAAAGACAAAGUAUUUAUUUUACCCAGAGAAUUUUGGCUUUUGGUCCAUUUUAAUAAACAUUUAAGCAAUCUACAAGGUUUGCAAAGUGACAUUUUCCAAAAUAUUUCAGAGGCUCAUUUGUCUCUGUUAUUGCUGUGCAAAUUUAAAAAUUAAAGAACAGCUUUUUGACUCUA